UGUUCAUUAUAUACAGAGGGUAAUUAGGGUAGUGCAAUUUUUUAAACUAUAAAGCAUAUUGUUUAGCGUAGCCAGGGAGUCUGCUCAGAACAAACACAAAGCUUCAGUUUGCUUCUGAAGUUUAACUGCACUGUUUUCCUGUGAAAACCCAUCUGUGUUCGCUGAGCUGUCUGAUUCUGCCCAGUGGGAAAGAGCACUCAGGCUGUUCUUUUGGCAGCCAAAUGCAGGCCGGGCUCCCCAUGGCUGCCCACACCUGCUGGGAUAACCCUGGUGGGCAGCACCUCACAGCUGUUUUCUCCCUGCCCAGUGGGCCGGGGCAGGAGGAAGGGAAGGAAAAAAAGCAGGAAAACUUGGUGCUUUCACCUGGUGCCUGUCAAUUCCAAGCAUAUUGGACACCACUCCAUGUGAAAGUAAGGGAUGGAGGAGAAUGCCUUGACUACAUCCAUUGUGGAACACCAUAUGUCUGCCCUGGACUCUGGUUCACACUGGGGUUCCAGAAACUUCCCCAAACACAUUUUAAUUAUUUACUGUUUCUUCUUUGGGUAAUUGUAGAUUCUUUUUUGAGAGAGAAAUUGUCUAGGAUGGAUUAUUUAUUUUAAAACACACCUCACAACCAACUUAGGUGCAUUUUUCCUAGUAUUAUCUCACAAAAAAUGUAAGUUACUCAUAAGUGCUUUUAAAAUGACCAAGUUAGUUCUACAAUCUCUUACUUUGUUUACUAUUUUGCAGUUAAGUCUCUGUUCACUGUAUGGCAAGUGCACCGUAACAUGAACAAACACUGCUGCAGGAAGCUGCUGCUGCUGGCGCUUCUGAAAGGGUUUCAAAACUGAGAAAGAGCCCUUAACUGCAAUAAUUACAGCAAAAUUCCCAGUUUAGGCAGAGAUUAAUGACUUUGCAGGUGGCAGAGCAAUUGUGAGCAAUUUUUCAUAGAUGUUGAAGCGGUUCCUGCUGGCAGGCGCCGUGUGCCAGCAGCUGCCAUUCGGGAAUGGCUGUCAGCCAUGGCACCGCUUGGCAAAUGUUGCCUUCAACCAUCCUACAGUGGUGCCAAUGAGGAGCCAAGUGUCCAGACCCUCACCUGGCGUAGUUUACACCCUUUCCACCUGGGCCAGUUCUUCAGAAGCUGGAGAUGCUCCAUGGUGUGUCUCCCCUCUGCAAGUACCUGCCCAAGUGCCUCCUGCUCACAUUGUGGGGAUUCCCCAGCUUGGGAUUCCUCAGCGGUGCCAUGGCCACACCACAGUUAUUUUAAUUCCAACUACCCUGGCUGAUUUCUUCGUGGGGAAAGCAAUGUCAUGUGGAAGCUUCACUGCAGCUGCUGUGCUGAAGCUGCCCACAGCUGACACCUCCAGGCCUAUGAUUCUGGCAUCCCCAGCAUAAGAAAGACAUGAAACUGUUGGAGCAACUAUACAGGAUGGCCAUGAAGUUGAUGAAAGGGGUGGAGAACCUCACCUGCAAAGACAGGCUGAGAAAGUUGGAGAUGUUGAGCCUGGAGAACAGAAGGUUGUGUGGAGAACUCAUAGCAACCUUCCAGUAUUUUAAAGGGCUGCAGGGAAGACUCUUUGUCAAGAGCUGUAGUGACAGGACAAGGGGAAUGGAGACACAUUGAAAAAGAGGAAUUGAAGUGAGAUAUUAGGAAGAAAUUCUUCACUGUGAGCAUGGUGACACAGUGGAACAGGUUGCUCAGGGAGGUUGUGGAUUCCCCAUGCCUGACAGGGUUCAAGACCAGGUUAGAUAUAAGGCCCUGAGCUCCACGGUCGAGUGGUAGGCGUUCCUCACAUGGCAGGUGGGUUGGGACUAGAUGAUCUGUAAGCUCCCUUACAACCCCUUAGCAUUCUAUGCCUCUGUUUCUCAGCGGGAAACAUUGUGCUGCUCUGGCACAGCUCUAGGCCGUCGGCAGCACCGAGUAGCUCGCUGACAAGGCCACGGCCGGCCCCGUUCGCUGUCCCUGACGGCGCGGGGCGGGGCGGGGCGGGGCGGGGCGCUGGUACCGGCGCUGCCCCCCCGCCGCCUCAGAGCCCGCCCUCAGCCCCGCCCGCCCCUCGCCUUUGGCGCGAAAACGGCCUCGGGGGGCGGGGCUCUGCCGCACAGCGGCCGCCGAUUGGCCGGCGCGGCGGGCGCGCGGUCCACGUGGUACGCAGAGUGGCGCGAAUCGCUGUGGGGCCGGGCCGGGGCAGCGGCGGCGAUCGGGAUGGAUCUGGCGGUGGCGGCGGUGGGGGGCGCGGGCGCGGCGCCGCAGCACCAGCAGAUCCGUGAUGAAGUGGCCGAGAAGUGCCAGAAGUUGUUCUUGAACUUUCUAGAGGAGUUCCAGAACAGCGAUGGGGAGGUCAAGUACCUGCGAGAUGCUGAAGAGCUGAUCCGGCCAGAGCGGAACACGCUGAUCGUCAGCUUUGCGGAUUUGGAGCAGUUCAAUCAGCAGCUCUCUACCACUAUUCAGGAGGAAUUUUACAGGGUUUAUCCAUAUCUGUGUCGAGCCACAAAGUCUUUUGCCAGAGACCACGGAAAUGUUCCUGCAAACAAGGACUUUUAUGUUGCAUUCCAGGACCUGCCUACCAGACACAAAAUUCGAGAGCUGACUUCAGCAAAAAUUGGCUCCCUGCUACGCAUCAGUGGGCAGGUGGUUCGUACCCACCCCGUCCAUCCAGAGCUGGUCAGUGGAACCUUCCUGUGCCUCGACUGCCAGACAGUGAUCAAAGAUGUGGAGCAGCAAUUCAAAUACACCCAGCCAAACAUCUGCAGAAACCCGGUCUGUGCCAACAGAAGGAGAUUCCUGCUGGACACAAACAAAUCAAGAUUUGUUGAUUUCCAAAAGGUGCGCAUCCAGGAGACGCAGGGCGAGCUGCCCCGCGGCAGCAUUCCGCGCAGCCUGGAGGUGAUCCUGCGCGCAGAGGCCGUGGAGUCUGCCCAGGCGGGUGACAAAUGCGACUUCACCGGCUCGCUGAUUGUCGUGCCUGACGUGUCCCAGCUCGCCACACCAGGGUUACGUGCAGAAACCGGCUCGCGGGUGACGGGGUCAGAGGGCUACGAAACCGAAGGCAUCCGGGGGCUGCGCGCCCUCGGCGUCCGGGAGCUCUCCUAUAAGCUCGUCUUUCUGGCUUGUUACGUGGCACCAACGAAUCCACGGUUUGGUGGAAAAGAGCUCCGAGAUGAAGAACAGACUGCAGAAAGCAUUAAAAACCAAAUGUCUGUGAAAGAGUGGGAAAAGGUUUUUGAAAUGAGCCAAGAUAAGAACCUUUACCAUAAUCUGUGCACCAGCCUCUUCCCCACUAUCCAUGGUAAUGAUGAAGUAAAACGUGGGGUCCUGCUGAUGCUCUUUGGAGGAGUUCCCAAGACCACUUCAGAAGGCACUUCAUUGCGUGGGGACAUCAAUGUUUGUGUCGUUGGUGAUCCAAGUACAGCCAAGAGUCAGUUUCUAAAGCACGUGGAUGAGUUCAGUCCCCGUGCUGUGUACACCAGUGGCAAAGCCUCCAGCGCCGCGGGUCUGACGGCGGCUGUGGUGAAAGAUGAGGAGUCCCACGAAUUUGUCAUUGAGGCUGGAGCACUGAUGCUGGCAGAUAACGGUGUUUGUUGCAUUGAUGAAUUUGACAAGAUGGAGGUGCGGGAUCAAGUAGCCAUUCACGAAGCAAUGGAACAGCAGACAAUAUCCAUUACUAAAGCUGGAGUGAAGGCUACUCUGAAUGCCAGGACCUCCAUUUUGGCUGCAGCAAACCCAGUCGGUGGCCGCUAUGACAGAUCCAAGUCACUGAAACAAAAUAUCAACCUGUCAGCUCCCAUCAUGUCCCGCUUUGAUCUCUUCUUCAUCCUUGUGGAUGAGUGUAAUGAGGUGAUAGAUUAUGCCAUUGCCCGGCGCAUCGUGGAUCUGCACUCCAGAGUGGAGGAGUCUGUUGACCGUGUUUACUCCUUGGAUGAUAUCCGAAGGUAUCUGCUGUUUGCAAGACAGUUUAAACCAAAGAUAUCCAAGGAGUCUGAGGACUUCAUAGUGGAGCAGUACAAGCGGCUGCGGCAGCGCGAUGGCUCUGGAGUGACCAAGUCGUCCUGGAGGAUCACGGUGCGGCAGCUGGAGAGCAUGAUCCGCCUGUCUGAGGCCAUGGCCCGCAUGCACUGCUGUGAUGAGGUUCACCCGAAGCAUGUGAAGGAAGCUUUCAGGCUUUUAAAUAAGUCCAUCAUUAGAGUUGAGACUCCUGAUGUAAAUUUAGACCAAGAUGAUGAACAGCAAAUGGAGGAUCAAGAGGACCAAGAUGGAGUCAAUGGUGAGGCAGAAGCUCCAGCUGGGGUCAAUGGUCUUGUGAAUGGGAUCAAUGGCCAUUCUGAGGAUGUGAGCAAGGAUGCUGCACCCAAAGCUUCUCUCAGGCUGGGCUUCUCUGAGUACCGACGCAUUUCUAAUCUCCUGGUGCUGCACCUCAGGAAAGCAGAGGAAGAAGAGGACGAUGCAGCACUAAAGAGGAGUGAACUUAUUAAUUGGUAUCUAAAGGAAAUAGAAUCUGAAAUCGAAUCUGAAGAAGAACUAAUAAAUAAAAAGAAGAUAAUAGAGAGAGUCAUUCACCGACUUACACAUUAUGACCACAUUCUGAUUGAACUGUCCCAGUCAGGACUGAGAGGAUCCACUGAAGAGGAGACUUUUGAUGAUGAUCCAUACCUGGUUGUCAACCCAAACUAUCUGCUGGAGGACUGAGGAUUGAGAAUGGCAUUGUAGAGCUCACUGGUUACAAGCUGGAAAAUGCAUUCUUAUCUUGCAGGGGUUUCUGUGUGGCUGAUUCCUUCUAUUCCUGUGACUGUGCCAGAGUGUGGCCAGUAAUAUGGGAUUUCUCACUUACACUGAGCACACCUGGAAAGCUUUUAAAGACGUGACACACAUGUAUUAGUUCCACUGUUAGCUCUGAAUUUCAGUGCCAUCAUCUGGAUGCAGAGGAGAAUCACCCAAUAGCUUUUUUCAUCAUCAAGCUAUGUAGAUGUUUCUGUUUUAAGUAAGAUUAAUUUUACGUUGUUCUUCUUUAGUAGACAUUUUAUGCUAUAGGUUUUUACUGGUUUUCUUAUUAACAUAAAUAAAAGCUCAUUAAAUAUUUGGGGGUGGAUUUGUUGUUACUCACAUGUGAGAUUGCUGUUUUCUAUGCCUGUCAUUUGAGGCUGAAAAAAAUAGUGAUCUAAAUGUUUAAUGUCUUAAGGACAACAAAAUUUCCUGAAUGACUGAUGCUCUUUUUUAAGAAGUUUUUUUAACUUCCUGUAAUAGACAAUGAGAAACUGAUUGCUUCUCUUUCUUUUUAGAUGGACUAAAGAUGUGCAGGCUCCUGCUGCAUAUAUCAAGUAGAAAAUAGCAAAUAGCCAAGCCCAAAGCAAGGCUUUAAGCAGGGCAGAAACCCCUACCUUGAUGAAUGUCUUGACUUGUAAGUGAAUUGAAAACUGACACCAUUUGUGAGGGAUUUUUAAGACUAUAUUUGUAAACCUGUUUGAAGAUCUUUCUAUAAGAAAACUUUGCUUGAAUUUCUACUCUCAAAAUUUUUACUGUAAACUACAGGAUUAUUAAAUUAUCUAUUAAGAAUUUUAAAUACCUGAAUAUUUGUCUUGUUUCCUGGAUGCCAGCACCUCAGAAACAUUUGUAAUG